CAAAAUGGCGGCUGGGCGGCGACAGUGCAGGGAAGCGGUAGAGCUCGGUGCGGGAGGCGGUGGAGGGGCAGAAUGGCGGUGCAGGCCGUACACCUGGAGGGGGAUGCUUUCCUGGUGUGUGUGGCCCAUUCACUGAGCACAGAGAGAGAAGAGGUGAUGGGGCUCUGUAUAGGAGAGGUGGACGUUCAGAGGGUCGUGCACAUUCACUCGGUGAUCAUCCUGCGACGAUCCGACAAGAGGAAAGACCGGGUGGAAAUCUCUCCUGAGCAGCUGUCGGCGGCCGCCGUAGAGGCCGAUAGACUUACAGAAAUCACGGGCCGCCCCAUGCGCGUGGUUGGCUGGUAUCACUCCCACCCGCACAUCACCGUCUGGCCGUCUCAUGUUGAUGUGCGGACCCAGGCCAUGUACCAGAUGAUGGAUAUCGGAUUCGUCGGGCUCAUAUUCUCCUGCUUCAUAGAGGACAAAAACACAAAGACGGGACGUAUUUUGUAUACCUGCUUCCAGUCGGUUCAAGCACAGAAGAGCACCGAGUAUGAACGAAUCGAGAUUCCACUGCAUGUGGUCCCACAAGAAACAAUCCGGAAGGUGUGCCUGGAGUCAGCUGUGGAACUUCCCAGAAUCCUUUGCCAGGAAGAACAAGAUGCCUAUCGCAGAAUACACAGUCUCGGACAUCUGGAUUCCGUCACCAAGAUUCAUAACGGUUCUGUUUUUACAAAGAACCUGUGUGGCCAGAUGUCGGCGAUCAGCGGCCCGCUCCUCCAGUGGCUGGAAGAUCGCUUGCAGCAGAACCACCAACGUGCCCUGGAACUAGAACAGGAAAAGGAAACUUUGAUGCGGGAGUUGGAAAGUUUGAGCUGAACGUUUGUU